GGCCCACUUAACCCUGCUCUUCCUCUAUAUCGCGUCAAAAUAUGUCCAGCCGUCUUUCGAGUUGCCAGGCUAAACAAGUGUGCUGACCAGCCAGUGGUUGGGGCAACUGCAAUCACAGAGGCUCCCAGCAGUGGAGUCAGAUUGGCAAACCAGGAAGCUGCAAGCCCUGCUUCUUGGCCUGGUGUUUUCUCUGGCGACGACAAAAACGCAUACUAUCCGGAGGGAGGAUCAGAAGAAGAUAUACUAGAGUGGCAUGGCCCCUUAGUGGAGGGCAUCGAUUUCUUAUUAAUAGGACACGCCAGAAGUCGAGUUGGGUUAUUGUAA